CGCCAGGCUGCCGCUAAAACAUCGCAGAAGAAGAGACGUAGCUCUGUCAUAUAACCACAACAUAACCAAGGUUACACCGGAGAUAGCGGAUGAAACUAUGAACGACAUUUGACGGAAUCACAGCGUCAUCUUGUGUCGGUCGUGAUGAGCGUCCCGGGUCUCUUGUCCUCCGCGGCCCGAAGCCUCAGCCUCCCAGGUCCCGCCGCAGGUCUGCUCUGCUGCCGGCUGCUGGUCCAGCCCAGCUCCAUCACAAGAAGAAACAUGACCUCCAAAAGACAAAUGGACCACCUGGAGAAGACAGCAAGCAACUCCAGACAAAGUCCUCUGUAUCCUGCGCAAGUAUGUGGAAUAAUAAAUGAGUCAGAGACAGUGAGACGUUUGAGGAUAGCCGUCCAUCCAAACUUCAGCUUCAAAGCGGGACAGUGGGUGGAUUUGUUCAUCCCCGGUGUGGAGAAGGUGGGAGGUUUCUCCAUGUGCUCCAGCCCGUGCCUGCUGCAGCGGGAAGGGGUCAUUGAACUGGCCGUAAAAUACACCAAACACCCCCCGGCACACUGGGUCCACACUGUGUGCGAAGUGGGCUCCCAGGUGGCCAUGCGUGUUGGCGGGGACUUCUUCUUUGACCCGACACCUUCUGAUCCCUCUGUGGAUUUGCUGCUGGUGGCUGGCGGCGUCGGGAUCAACCCUCUGUACUCCAUUCUGUUGCACGCCACAGAUCUGCAGCAUCUCAACCACUCCUCGGGCAGCGCUGACUACAACAUCGGCUCCGCUCACCUCUGCUACAGCGCCAAGAACACCCACGAGCUGCUCUUCCAGAGCUCCAUCAGCGAGGUGUGUCGGGAGUUCCCUGGCAAGUUCUCCUGUGACUUCCACGUCACGCAACAGAGCCCAGAUGCCGACCCACGCGUCCAGCCAUUCAUCAACCAGGGGAGAAUCACAGAGGAGGAGCUGCGGGCUCAUGUGGACCCACAGAGGACUUUGUGUUACCUGUGCGGACCCCCGCCCAUGAUCGAAGCCAUUUCCAAAACCCUCAUGGACUUCGGCCUCUCGAAAGACAGGAUCCUCUUCGAGAAGUGGUGGUAGAACCUCCGACAGAUCGCUGGAAUCCACAGGGUUGUCCUCGUGGCUCUUGUUUCCUGCUGUAGUUUUCAGGGGGAGGACGCACAGGGUGUGGCAAGAAUGGAGAGAAACAGGGAGAUUCCAGCAAUUGUGGACAUAAAUGUGAGAGCUCGAGCAGCUGAGGGAAUUCAUCCUCUGAUCCCUGCUGCUGCAACCUGUGUCUGAUCUGCAAUGGAACCUCUGGGACCGCCCACGCUUCAGUUAUCAGCUGACUCCAGGGGCGGAUUUUAUUUUAUGUUUUAUUUCUCAUCAUUUUAAAACAAGAAGACUGAAAAAGACAGUAGAACUUAAAGACAUUUUCCUCCUCACUGUCUGAAACAUGCAACAAAUCUCCAGCGUCUGUGUCCCCUUCAUUAUCAUGAGACACAUUUUGAAACGUUACUUCAGAUUCCAUAUUAUCAGCCUCCACUGAGGUUCUGCUUAAACAGAUUAAUAGGUGGUGUUUAGUUUGACACAGAAUUGUCACCUAAAUGUUGACGCACCAAUUAACCUAUGCAAGCAUGUCUUAGAGGAUUAGUUUGACAUUUUGGGAAAUGCACUUCUUUGCCUUCCUGCCAAGGGUUAUAUGGGAAAAUGACGCCACUGUGUUUGGUAAAUAUAAACCUGCAGCCAGUUAGCUUCGCAUAAAGACAGUAAACAGUGAGAAACUGCUUUUAUGGCUCAAAAGGAAACUAAAUCUGCCUUCAAGCAGAAAGCUCUGAAGCUCAUUUGUUUAUUAAUCCGUACAUUGUCAAGCAGACAGUUAUGUACUUUUAUGUGGGGUCAUGUGUCGAUGAUAAAUUUCCAGGAAAUCAGUCACCCAGAUCCAGCACAUAACUUCCUUCAUAAAAUUGCCAUUUUUCUUUACACAAAUUGACGACUCUCAUUGAUAUCAGUUCUUUAAAUAAACCUGAUUGUUCUCAUCAGGAUGUCUGGAUUAUUCCCUGGGAAAAUGGUGAAAAUGUUAUAAAAAAAAAAAUCACAUGUCCCAUCCUCCUUUUAAGUUUUGAUAUGUUUUCAGUGGGUUUUAGUGUAAUCCUGCUGACAACAGGAGUGAAAAAAUACAUUGAUAAAAUUAAUAUACAGCAGGAGUGGUCAAAUUUGAAUGUUGAAUUAUGUGAUUUGAUUAAUUUAAAGCUGAUUUGAUUAAAACAGCUCUAAUGUGAUGGAAACAUAGCCGUGUUUUAUCAGUUCCCACAAAAUUGGCUUUUAUCAUUGAGGGUAAACAGCCUUAAGUGUUGAAGUAACACAAAAUAACUGAAAAAAAUGGAGGUUUUAAUUUAGAAUUAAUAAUGGAGGGGAUGAAAACACAUUUGGUACCAUUACCAUUUUCUUUUAAACUGUAUCGCUCAGAUAAUCAACUGUGCUGUGUCUCCAUCCAUUAUUCAAAGCACCUGACUGACAUUUAUUUAAAACAUGCAAGUUUUAAAAAUCUAAAUACUAAAUAAUUCAUGACUCUUUUUCAGUUCAUAAGCAUUUCAUAAGCUCCAUUUUUAUUACUCCUCAUAGGCUGUUUUCACUCCUGUCUGUCUGAUUUAAAACCUCCUUGGUGGAGAUAUGUGUCUUUAAAUAUCCCGGCCAGUGGUUUCUCCCGGUUUCUAGUUAACACUUAGAAUAGAUCUUAUACACUUUGCCAGAAAGCAAAUAAGCAAAUUUUUAAAAAAUGUCAAACUACUGCUUUAAAUUCUCUAGAACAGAGAAUCAGUGCAAACAAUAGCAACGUGUUCUGUUUUUACUGCACCCAAGUGUUUGAGUGAUUUUCAUUUAUACAAAUACCUCUGAUGCUAACUUGAUAAAAUGUGUCAAACCACGUGUGUAUAUACUUAGUGAAAUACCUCAGAGCUAUUUAUUUGCAGGACUUGGAAGAGGUUGGAGUCGUUUGACUGAGUUACAAUGGAGUGAUUGUUUCCACGUUUUUUACUCUCAUGCAAACUUCACACCAUUCUCUGUAUUUUUAGAGCAAGAAGCUGAACGCGUCUCUCCCACAUACGGACCAGUGUCCCGGCCUGUUUUACUCAUUUACACUAUCACAUGCAAACACAUCCACAUACCCAUGAAACAGUUUCCCAUCCCAGGGUGGAGUGAGUAUCCCAUGGUGCACUGUAAUGGAACCUCCAGGUGGUCUCCGAUUCGCUUGGAUCACUGAACGUCCCUCGGAGAUGGUUGCGAGCUUCUUCUUGUUGUCUCUCCGUGGGGGCGGCGCCGUUGAGACUCAUUUGAGUCAUUUCUGCAUUUCUUCCUCGUAUGAGGAAAACGGUUUAUGAUGGUAGCGUGACAUUUAAAGGAAAUAAAGGAAACUGAGUCGA